AUGGAUAGAGUUCCAACCUCUCCUCCUAAAGAAGUCCGGCGGGGAAGACCUCCGGGACGUUAUAGGGGUGUUCGGAGGAGGGAAUGGGGUAAAUGGGUUUCUGAAAUAAGGGUCCCAAAGACUGGAAAAAGAAUAUGGUUAGGAUCUUAUGAUGCCCCAGAGAAGGCAGCUCGAGCCUAUGAUGCUGCACGAUACUGUAUUCAUGGUGAAUGUGGUCCAUUCAAUUUUCCUACUGAACGGAGGCCAACUCUGCCAGAGGGUUUUGUGCAUUUCUUUUCCAAAACAGAAGUCAAGGCCAUUGCAAGUGACUUUGCUUUAGCACAUGAAGCAGUGUCAGAAUCAGAUCCGAUUCCUGAUUCAGUUAAUUUAAAUGUUCCGAGCGCCACAGGAAGUGCAGAUAAGAUUGAUCAAUCUGCUAGUCUAACAGAAUCGGACUAUGGUUUCAUUGAAAAUCUAGAGCUGGAUGAUUUCCUCAUGUUUGACUUCGAAUGGUUGAGUGAUAUAUCCUAA